AUGUACGACUUCUCCGAGUACACGGGCCCCAGCGCAGACUGGGUCGCACUUGAGCCCACAAUUACCCCCCUGCCUAAUCUGCCAGUCCUGGAAUUGAGGGAUCUAGUCAACAAGGGACGCGAAGAGCUUGCCGCUCACGGCAUGACAAACAUAGCUUCACAGAUCCAAACUCAAGACUACACUAUUGAGACUCGCGACGGCGCAAUCCUAGAAGCGCGUACAUAUCACCCAUCUGGAAUUCCAGCGUCUCAGAAACUUCCAGUGUACAUUCAUCUCCACGGUGGAGGUUAUCUCUUUGGCACACUCUCCUCCGAAGACGCGAUCUGCUCUCGAAUUGUCGUCUCUCGAGUGGAAAAUGAUACCCCAGUCAUUGUCUUCAAUGUGAACUACCGUCAUACCCCAGAACACCCAUUCCCCACAGCCUGGAACGAUGUCGAAGAUGCAUUCGUCUGGGUCCAUGAGCAUAUUGACGAGAUCGGUGGUCUCGGCGAUCAGGUCGUGGUAGGAGGAAUUUCAGCAGGAGCUCAAUUGACCGCGUCAUUGACACUCGCCCAAUUGUACGGAGAUAAUGAGCGCGUGAAGGCCUACCCCAAGAUUCGGGGCCAGGUCCUCAUGAUUCCUUGCCUCGUAAUCGCGGACUACUAUGCACCCCGCAAAGAGAUGCUGCGUAGCCCCGAGGUGUCCAGUUAUGUGACAUGUGCUGAAGCGCCGAUUUUGCCCGUUUCACGGAUCAAUCUCUUCAUGUCGUUACUCAAGAUGGGUAACUUCGAAAAUGCUGGUCGCAAUCUGCGCAUGAAUCCUGGAAAUGCCACUGCGGAGGAGGCCAAGAAUUUACCACCCACGGCCUUUGGAAUUGCUGGUAAUGAUCCGCUUCGCGACGAGGGUCUGUUCUAUGGAAAGCUGCUCAGUGAGAACGGUGUUCCUACUGAUAUCAAUGUCUUCCCUGGUGUGCCUCAUGGAUUUAGACGGCACGGUGACAAGCUCGCCUCCAGUAAGAGGUGGGACGAGGUGAUGAGCGGUGGUAUUACGUGGGCUCUGAGCGGUCCUGCAGCAGGUCCUUUCGAGAUCAAGGCAGAAUAA